GAUUGACGACCACGGCGUAGAUAACAGACUUCCUCUGUGACCAAACACCUCGGUCGUUUUGCCCUUAUUCCGGAUUAGGGUUACACUCUUCACAAUCGCAGUUCACAGGCUCGCUUUAGGCGCCAACCAAAGCGCUUGCAACUCAGCCUCUCUCGUGUCGGUACAAACAGGCUAAAGCUGUAAACUUUUCACCGUCAGGGCCAGGUAUGGGUAGCCAAACUGCUGCAAGCAAUGAUCGAUCAAGGACAUAUUGGACGCCAAUAAUGGAACGUUAUUUUAUCGACCUUAUGCUAGAGCAGAUGCAUAGAGGCAAUCGAAUUGGCCACACUUUCAACAAGCAAGCAUGGACGGACAUGCUCAAUGUGUUCAAUGCGAAUUUUGGAUCUCAAUAUGACAAAGAUGUUCUAAAAAGUCGUUAUACAAAUAUGUGGAAGCAAUUCAAUGAUGUGAAGAAUCUUCUUGGUCAGAAUGGAUUUUCUUGGGAUGAAAAUCGACAAAUGGUGGUGGCUGAUGAUUAUAUCUGGGAUGCUUACAUUAAGGCUUACCCUGAUGCACGCUCCUACAGAACUAAAGCAGUGCUGAAUUUUAGCGAUUUGUGCCUGAUAUAUGGGUAUACAACUGCUGAUGGAAGGUACAGCCGAUCAAGUCAUGAUCUAGACUUUGACGAGGAAGUGCAAGGAGUAAAUAUGGUUGACGGAAUGGGCUGCCUUGGCCCUUCAAGUAAUGAGCGAACGAGGACUGAUUGGACUCCAGCCAUGGACCAGUUUUUCAUUGAGCUUAUGCUGGACCAAGUAGGAAGAGGCAAUAAAUCAGAUAAUACUUUCAAUAAACAAGCCUGGACUGAUAUGCUUGUUUCGUUCAAAGGAAAAUUUGGUCCUCAACAUGGGAAAAGGGUUUUAAGGCAUCGAUAUAAGAAAUUGUGGAAGUACUAUAGUGACAUUACACUUCUUCUUAAACAAAAUGGCUUUUCCUGGGAUGAAACACAACUACUGAUUGCAGCUGAUGAUGAUGUUUGGGAUGCAUAUAUCAAGGCACACCCGCAUGCGCGUGCAUAUAGAACAAGAACCUUGCCAAACUACUAUGAUUUGCUUCUAAUAUAUGGAAAUGAAAUUGAUGGUGGGAUCCCCUGCGAUUUACAUCAAGAAAAAAACCUUGAAGACGACUUAUCAGACAGAAAGGCUGGUGAAAGAGAGGGGGUACAGACCCCUACUUUUAGCGAUCGUACAAGAACAUAUUGGACACCACCAAUGGACCGUUAUCUUAUAGAUUUGUUACUAGAACAGGUGCAUGGAGGAAAUAAACUUGGACAGACUUUCAUAACCCAGGCUUGGGUUGACAUGGUUACAUCUUUUAAUGCAAAAUUCAGAUCUCAUCAUGACAAAGAUGUUCUGAAGAAUCGAUACAAACAUUUGAGGAGGCAAUACAAUGAUGUAAAGAUUCUUCUGGAGCAGAGUGGGUUUUCGUGGGAUGAAAGAAGAGAAAUGGUAACAGCUAAUGAUUGUGUUUGGGAUGCUUAUACCAAGAGUUAAAACUCUUCCAAGCUAUCAAAAAUUGUGUGCUAUCUUUGGGGAAGAACAUUCUGAUGGUAGGUACAGCCGUUUGUCACGCAAUGAAGAA